GAUUAAUUAUGUUUUGAUCUUUAAAAAUAGUUUUAAGUGAAAAGUUUAAGAUUGAAAUACUUUAAGAAAAAUGAGGAGCCGAAGUAAUUCAGGCGUCCGCCUGGACUAUUACCAACGUCUAGUACAUAAGGUUAUAAUGGAACAUCAAAAUCCUGUUACAGGAUUAUUUCCAGCCAGUUUAGAAAAUAGUCAUGCUUGGAUCAGAGACAAUGUUUACUGUAUAUUAUCAGUUUGGGGUCUUUCCAUGUCGUAUAAAAAAAUAGCAGAUCAAGACGAAGAUAGAGCUAAAACUUAUGAAUUAGAACAGUCUUGUGUAAAGUUAAUGAGGGGGUUGUUAAUGUGUAUGAUGCAGCAGAAGGAAAAAGUCGAGCGAUUUAAACAAACGCAAAAUCCAUUAGAUUCUUUACAUGCUAAAUACUCUUCUGUCAACGGUCAAGUUGUCGUAGGUGAUAACGAAUGGGGUCACUUACAGAUUGAUGCUAUAUCGCUUUACUUGCUUCUCUUAGCACAAAUGACAGCAUCUGGCUUGCAAAUAAUUUUCAACUUAGACGAAGUAGCCUUCAUCCAGAAUCUGGUAUUUUAUAUUGAGUGUGCAUAUUGCACACCAGAUUAUGGUGUUUGGGAGAGAGGUGAUAAGACUAACCAUGGAUUGCCUGAAUUAAAUGCCAGUUCUAUUGGUAUGGCAAAGGCUGCUCUCGAAGCUAUGAAUGAGCUGGACUUGUUUGGGGCUAGAGGAGGUCCUUACAGUGUGAUCCAUGUUUUAGCAGAUGAAGCUCAAAAAUGUCAAGCUGUACUACAGUCCAUGCUGCCGAGAGAAUCAAGUUCAAAAGAAAUUGACAGUGGUCUCUUGUCCGUCAUCAGUUUUCCUGCUUUUGCAGUCGAUGACCCUACACUUAUAACCUAUACUAGGGAAUGUAUUAUUGAAAAACUACAAGGGAGAUAUGGUUUUAGAAGAUUUUUAAGAGAUGGCUACAGAACUCCAAAAGAAGAUCCUAGAAGACUUUAUUAUGAACCUUGGGAGCUUAGAAUGUUUGAAAAUAUUGAAUGUGAAUGGCCUCUAUUCUUCUGUUACAUGAUCCUGGAUAAUUGUUUCAAAGGAAAUAAAGAUGGUGCUACUCAAUACACAAAGCAAUUGGAAGAGAUUAUGAUUCGUACAGAGGAUGGAUUAAAAUUAGUACCAGAACUAUAUUCAGUGCCAGCUGAAUUUGUUGCUGCUGAAUACAAGGAGCCAGGAAGCCAAGAGAGGAUACCUUUAGGUCUAUGUCCAUUCCGUUGGGCACAGUCUCUCUAUAUUGUAGGAAAAUUACUCCAGGAGGGGUUCUUGGCACCAGGAGAACUAGAUCCUUUAAAUAGACGACUGGGUUCAGAAAAGAAACCAGAUGUAGUGGUACAAGUUGUAAUUCUAGCAGAAGAUUUGGAAAUAAAAGAAAGACUUGCUGAACAUGACAUACGAGUUCAAACCAUAGCUGAAGUUGCACCAAUCGAAGUCCAGCCUGCUAGGGUCCUUUCUCAUCUGUAUACAUACUUAGGGCGCAACAAAAAACUUGGACUCUCAGGUAGGAAAUCUAGAGAUGUCGGUAUUCUUUCCACUAGCAAGCUAUAUUCUCUUGGCGACAAAAUAUUUGCCUUUACGCCUCAGUUUAUGGACAUUACCCAAAAUUACACAGCGAAUGACUAUGAGUUGAUGAUAGACAUGUGCAAGAGCGAAAUAAACUUUUUAAAAUCAAGUUGGCAGAACAUGCUGGGAAGACCUUUAACAGUGGUGCUCUGUCGACACAUACACUUAGAGGAUGGAAAAUUACCACUAGCCAUGAUAACUACAAUGAAAAAACUAAAAUCAGGAUAUAUAAAUGGAACCAGAGUUACUCUUGGAAACCUCAACGACUUUUUGAGUACCAGUUGUAUUACUAAUCUAAGUUUUCUUGGAUGUCAUGAAGAUGGUCUCCCUGAUAAAUUAAACCCACAAGUUCAACAAUAUAUGGAAGAACAUGCCGUCAAAACGUUAUCUCACAAAUACUCCUUACUAACAGUAUCCAGAGUUGGUCCAAAAAAUAAACAUUUAAUGCGAAAAAUGUCCGUGAGAGGCGCAGUCAAGAAAACAAGAUCGAUCAAUGUCGACUCUGAAACUCUAGGUAUGGAAGGUAAUACUUCAUUAGAAAGAAGAUCGUCGAUGUUCUUUUCUCCAGCUGUUUUGGACCAAGUAGAUAACGCUAAGGAUGAUUCAACAAGAACCCCUUCACCUGAAAAAAAACCACCGAUGCCGAAACCUACCAUCAAUGUUACUAGACAUAGGCACCAGUCUGAAACCCAGUAUGCUGAUACAGAGGUAGAAGAACUUUUUGCUAUGCUUAGAGAAUCAGAUUCCCUGGAUGAACAAGGUGAUAUAUUGCAGUAUUUAGUUGAUACUAAAGGUUUGGACUACAACACUGGUAUGUUGGAAUAUGGCCGGGUAGUUACAGUAAAAGAUCUGUUAAAAGGAUUGUACGAAAAAGCCUGCCACCAAAAAAUGUGGGGUUUAGUACGACACACAGCUGGAAUGUUGGGAAAGCGAGUCGAAGAUUUGGCGAAGUCUGUUACUGAUCUGUUAGUACGCCAAAAGCAGAUUACUGUAGGUAUGCCUCCAAACAACGAGCACACAAUUACAGCCCCACUGCCAGAAAAUGAUUUGAGAUUAUUGAUACACGAAGCUUAUGGAGAAGAUGACAGUACUGCUAUGUUGACACAAGAAUUAUUAUCCUAUUUAGCUAUGUUUAUUAGGACUGAACCGCAGCUGUUUUUGGAGAUGUUAAGAUUACGAGUUGGACUUAUCAUCCAGGUCAUGGCUACUGAACUUUCAAGAACUCUUAUAUGUGAUGGUGAUGAAGCAUCAGAACAUCUUCUCAAUUUAAGUCCAUUCGAAAUGAAAAAUUUGCUACAUCACAUUAUCAGCGGAAAAGAAUUUGCGAUUAGUAGUGUUGGAAGAGGCAAUUUUUCAAUUGUUACCAAUAAAUCUAGCCGUAUUAGUAAGAAAAGUCACAUUAGUUUGGCGAAUGACCCCUCAGAGGACAUUGUAGAACCAGAUCGACAAGGACAGUGGUUGAGACGAAGAAGACUGGAUGGUGCUCUUAACAGAGUUCCUAGAGAUUUUUAUUCGAGAGUGUGGUCUAUACUCGAAAAGUGUCAAGGUUUAGACAUUGCCGGAAAAGUCCUGCCUCAAACUUUAACUCAAGAAAUGACUUCUGGUGAACUGAAAUUUGCUCUGGCAGUAGAAACUGUUCUAAAUACGAUUCCACAACCGGAAUACAGACAGCUUAUAGUAGAAGCUUUAAUGGUUCUCACAUUAGUUUCUGAAUAUAACAUCGUUCCGUCGCUGGGUGGUAUCAUUCAAGUGGAGUAUUUGGUACAUAUAGCAAACGAGUUGUUCCUUGAUGAUCAGAUGAAAUGUGAAGGUGACGCCACUUUAUGUUGUGCUAAACCUAAAGAACUAAGAGAAAUGUCGAGAACUGGAGGAUUAUUGUGCGGCGGAGCUGCUUACAUCUGUCAACACUUUUACGAUAGCGCUCCAAGUGGCUGUUACGGAACUAUGACGUAUAUGACACGAGCUGUAGCUGUCACUCUAGAAGGCUUACCAAAACACGGCGAACUGGAUUGCACCAUCAGCUAAACGAAUUUUCGGCCUUUUAAAUAAUUUGAAUAUUUCUUAUUUGAAAAUGUGAUUUUUUUGUAUAAUGUUUUAUCAAUAUUAUUCUAUGAUAAGGAAUUGAUUUAAUCUUUAUAGGGUUUUACCAAACAUUUUUUUCUUAUAUAUGUUAUUAAAAUUAGUCUACAUAUAAUUUAAUUAAACAUUAACUGUUCUUUAAUUAUAUAAAAUGUUUUAAAUUAAAAGUCCUUACUAGUCUAUUAAAAAUUUUGUUCAUUUUCUUUGUCAAUUCAGAUCAACUCUGGUUUUAGCCGUAUAGUAAAACUCUACCACUGAUCUUAAGGUUCAUUUCUUUACAUUUGGUAAAUUUGUUGCUUAUGUUCCAGCAGAUAUAGAACCUGCUACAUCUGCUAAUGGUAGGUUUGCUGCGAGUGGUAGUAUGUAUUUUUCUAUUAUAUUGUUUCCUAUAUACAAGGUUCUUGGAUCUUUAUUCAGAUUAUUCUUUCUCGAGAAGCUCAUAUUAGUGCUCAUGUACACUGUCGAAUUUCACACUUUUUCUAAUAUAGAAUGUAUUCUUUAAGUUCAGAUUAGAAUGGUUCCAUCGUGAAACUAUUACUUUAUACUAAUGUAUAGAUUCAAAAGAGCAUAUCUUUGCGACUGAGUUGUAUAUAGACAAGCUAUAAUGCACUGCAUACAGACAUACAUUAAAGAAAAUCUUGUGCAUUUAAUAUAUUGUUAAAUAAAACUAAUCGUUAAUAAAUCGUCAAGACAGAUUGUGCAGUAUAUUGUACAUAUCAAACUGAUUUUGAUAUUUGCUAUGCAAUCAUAUUAAACCUUCGAAUAAUCUAGUAUCUUCGAUGGUCGAACAUAGGAACAAUUGGAUUAACUGAUAAAUGAAAAGGGUGGAAUGAACACAUUAAUAGUACUGAAGAAGAAGGUAUGGUGGGAACUGCUCGAGUUAAAUCAUCAGUAGGAUAUUGUUAUCAGGGUCAUUUCUGGAAGAAAUUGUACAAUGACUUAGUUAAACACAUAGGGGCAGGUGUAUGAAAAUAAAACAAAAAAUCUAUUAAGAUCAGGAAGAAAAAAUCUAUGCAAUUAGAUAAAUAUUACAUCAUAUAUGUGAGUAAUAUUGUACAAUAUUUGUUCAAUAUUGUUUUGGCAGUGACAGUAAACAUGAAGAUUUUAUUGUUUUAAAAAUUGAUUAUUAUUUAUCAUAGUAUAACUACUAUUGUGCAGUCUCUAAGGAAAACUUUAAGGUUAUUUCUAGUUCAGUAUUUUUACUUAGUUAUUUUUCAUCCUUUAAGACAUUUUUGUAAUUACACAUUGUUUGAUAACCAUUCGCCCCUCUAUGUGCAUUUUGUUCUUUUUGCUUAUCAAAUACGCAAUAGGAACGUAAGAUGGCGGUCCGAUAAGUACUUAACCUCACCGCUCGAUGGCGACACUGUCUCAACAGAAAUCUACUAGCGUGUAUUUCGGUGCCCUGAAAAUGCUUACCACCGGGAAUAACCUGACAAAAUUCCACGAUCUCGUAUUGGCAGAAAGCCGACUAAAGGUGCACGAGAUAGCUGAGACAGUAGGCAUCUCAAAAGACUGCGUAUGUCAUAACCUUCAUGAAAUUUUGGGCAUGGUUGCCGCUAUUGCUCACUCUGAACAAGUGCAACCUUGAGAUCACUUCAGAGAAGUAUUUGACGCUAUUUAAGCGUCUUCCGAAGGAGUUUCUACGUCGUUUCGUAACCGUUCACGAAACAUAAAUCCACUGGUACACACCAGAUACCAAAGAAUAGUGGAAACAGUGGAUCACCCGGCGAACGUGCUCAGAAGGUGAAGGCUGGUACAUCGGCCGGAAAGGUGAUGGCCACCAUUUUCUGGGAUUUACAAUGAUGAGGUACAUCGACUACCUGGAAAAAGACAAAAAGAUCACAGAGCUCUACUAUGCCGCAUUAUUGGGCCGAUUUAACGUCAAAUUGCAGAAAAACUACCCCAAUUUGGCAAAAAAAAGUACCCUUCCACUGUGAUAACGCACCGGCUCAUACCUCCGCUGUAGCCGUGGCGAAAUUGGUCGAAUUGUGCUACGGAUGUCUACUUUGCGGCCUUGAUAUAACUUAUUUUUUAGAUCGUUAAAGAAGUUGGAGCAUCGCUGGGCCAAGUUAUCGAGCUAAAAAACCCUGUUUGGUAUACAUAACAUCAUUUUUUCGGUCGUGAACUAAGCAUAUUACAUAAUAAUAUUUUAGUAUCUAAGUACAUAAAAUAAUUAUUGUGCAAUAAUUGUCGAUAAUAUUGACAGUAUAUACUUAUUCUUUUUAUUCACAAAAAACUUAAAAAAUUAUGAUUUUAAAAAUUCGUUAGUGAUGGAUAAAGUUAAUCACUAUCUAGUUUAUUUUUCAGAAAGCGUAUAUCGCUGGUGUCAAUAAAAUCAGAAUAUAGGGCAAAGGAAUUGAUAUUAUGUGAUAUUUAUUUUCAACUAGUCUUAGAUUUACUGUGCAAUAAUUUAAAUGUUUUAUCAUUCACGGACAUUUGUUUGGUUGUUUUUAACAUGAUCCGAAGUUGUUGAAGGGUGACAUGUUUAACAUUUAUCACUUUAUAUAUAUAUAUAUAUAUAUAUAUAUAUAUAUAUAUAUAUAUAUAUAUAUAUAUAUAUAUAUAUAUUAUAUUUGAAAAUAAGCCACAAUAAUUGUAUUUAAAAUUACCUGUUUUUUACAUUUCGACUUCCGGUCUUCCAGUUUUGAAAUCAUUUUCAAAAAAGUACAAAUAACCUCAAUAGUCAAGUCAAUUGUACAAUACUCGCUUAGUUAUGUUGUUUAACAUUUGUAUGGUAAAUAUUAAGAUAAACCAAAUAAAUCAAAAGGUAAGAAAAAAAUUGUUUUAGAAUGUAUUGAGUUUGAGAGGAAUGGCAUUUUCAAGAAUAAUCUAGUUGCUAAUUGUAGAAAAAGUUAUUGUAGGAAAUGCAUCUCGAAUUCCACUUUAUUCUAUCUCCGAAAAUUGUGUAGGUAUCCUAGUUCCUGUAACAUGUUUAUAUGGCUAUAUUAUUAAAUCUUCUUAUUAAAUUAAAAAAUUAAAAACGAAUUUUAAGUCAAUCUGAAAAAACUUUAUUUCUGUUUGAAAUAACCUGAAUUAAAGGAUAUUAUUUUUGUUUGGCUAUUUCUACACCUAAUAAAUAGUGCCAAUAAAUAUAUUGCAUCGGAGUUUCUUUUAAAUGAAAUAUGGACAUGUUGGGUUUCGCGUGCUAUUUGCUUGGAUGUGGCUUAUUUUGACCGCAAAAUCUUAAUAUUUUUAAUAUUUUUUAUUAAAAAAAAAAUACGUGUGGUCAUUAGCAUACAACAAUAAUAUGAAAACAUAAAAAAUAUUAAAAUAUCGAAAUGGCUACCAACGAGAAUUUUUCAAUUUUGUUGUCUGCUUCCUACUCCCUUAAAACAUCUUGCGAUGUAAGGCAACUAACUUAUUUUGACGUAGAUGCAGUAGAAAUUUCAUCAAAGGCUUUCUUGAAAAAGGAUAAUGUUUCAUAUUUUUUUCAAGAACUUGGGUAUCGACCCCCCAACCUGUUUUUUGGCAAUAAAAACUGAAUAAUCGUCAUCAUGACCUUGGUUUUCUCUCAGAAGCUCAUAAAAACACUUAGCUCGACUUUUGUGAAAACGCUGAUGAACCAUUAUCUAAUUUUUUGUGCCAUCAUCUAAGGUCUUUUUAGUUUAUCUUUACAUUACAGGCACGUGGAACAUUUAGUUUUUGGGGUACCAAAACCAACAUUAUAUCAUCGCGUGAAAAUGUAUCUGAAAACGAUUCCCUGACCUUUAGGUUUCUUAGGGUAUUAUUAAACAUUUUCCAGAGCUUUCGCAAGGUUAGAUCUUUUUCCUUUUGCUCUGUCUCCUACACGACGUUAUUUCAGGAUCUCGUUAGUUUCUUUGAACCUCUUGGGUAAUAUUUAAAAUUCUGUCUCUUUUUCGCUAGUAAAAUGUCCAUAAAAUCUUGUCUACAUGCAUUAACUGUUAAACCAUGCCUUCUUUGAGUCUGACAUGUACCUUAGGCAUGUGUUACAGCCAACUCCAUUGUUAUGGGUUGAUGUAGACAUGUCGAGUUUGCAUCUAGAGCUUGUUCUGUAUCCAGAAUAUUUUAUGUAAGAUGUCGAUAUAUUGAAGCUAUACAGUAAUUGGUAGCCCUUUAUAUAACGGCAGAAAAAUAUAAAUCUCAAAAUCGUAAACCAUGUGACUUAUGGGGUUUUGCUUUUUUACGUCUGAUAUGUAAACUAUAGUAUUGCAUAAUAUUGUGCAGUUUAUGUAUAAAAUGUAACAGAAAACCAAUUAAUAUUGUCAAGAUUUUUUUUUCGGAAUAUAUAUUUUUGCUGACGUAUACAAAUAUAAGCUCAAUUUUCAGUUUAUCAAAUCUGUAGUGGUAUAGCAAAAGUUAAUAUGUCCAUACUUUUUCAGAGUAGUAAUGUUAAGAUUUAAAUGUACCAUAAGCUUAGUGAGAUUUGUAAAUUCAUAAUGUAUUUUAACUGUUUUAUGUUACCAAUCAUCGGCAGGUAUCUAUUUUACCAACUUAAAAUAAUUUUCAUGUUAACGUCAACUAUUGCCAUACUACUAAAAAAAGUAAUCGAUAGUGAUGCUUGGAUCUAAAUAGAUUAUAUUGGGGCUAACAAAAAAAAUAACUAUAAUAAUAAUGAGACAAAUAUUGGUAGUGAAAUCUAGAUGUUCAUGGAUAAGGAAUGAUCAUUGUUUUGAUUGUGAUAAUUAUAAAUUAUUUGUUAAUUUAUAAUGGUGUAAAAUACGAAUUAUAAUAUUGUAUAAAUAAUAUUUAUCGAUUCUUACAGUAUAUAUCACAUUUUCAAAUAGAUUUUAUAUAAUAAUUUUUUUCAUUAGAGUAGAAACAUGUAAAUAUAUAUUAACAUUGUUUAUCACAUGUAUAUAUCAGCUCAAAUUGUUAUAGCUUUGAAAUUGUUGUGUUCUGUGUAAGGGUUGGAAAAGUAAUGGAAGUUAUUUAAUAUAGUUGCGGAAACAUUCGAAAUUGUGCUCCUUACUAUAACUAAUAUUCACGUACUGCAAAUAUGUGUAAUGUGUUCACAACCAAGAAAAAGCGCACCUAAACAGUUACACUGAUAUUGAAACUAUAAUCGCAAGUUAUAGCCUGUCUCGAAUUACGACUCGCCUAGUACUCACUAUAUCACUAUUUUACUAGCCUUCCCCUAAUGCAUGAUACUAUGACUAAUAAGAUAGGAUCUUCCUAUAGCACAAAAUCGGCCGUGUUUGCGCAUGCCGUCAUUUGAGAGUAGAAUUUGAAUUCUUGUUAAAGUUAAAUGGGAUUUGUAUGCAUUCUGUGAUGAAAUUACUAGACGAAAAUAAGUUAAGAAGUUUAAUAAUUACAAUAAUCUUACACAUAAGGAUAUCUCCAAACUAUUUAUUUAUUAAAGAUUAUUUAUUGACACAUACAAAAACUGACAUUUACCCCCUCUGUGGCUCAGUGGUAAGAGCGCCUACCUUUAAACCUAAAGGUCGUGAGUUCAAAUCUCAUCUGGGUAGAGAAAUUUUCGUUUAUUAAAAAUUAAUGAAUGAAAAUAAUUUCUAUCCUUGUGCGAUCGGUACUCACCGGAGGGGCCGCAGAUGUUCGGAUACAAUUAGCGUCUCUUAGCAAAGACAAUGACGUCGACUUUGCUAAGUAUCGAGACACUUAGAUUAGAUUAGAUUAAGAGAGGUGGUCACCUCUUCGAGGUGACAGAAUCUGCACAGGUCAUCAUCUGAUAAUCCCAUUAGCUUCAAGUGCCUAUUCAGCUUACAGUGUCCUGUUAGAAGACCUACUAUGGCUUUGACUGUUUUUCUAUCUUUGCUAAUUAGGUCUGCCGUAAAUUUUGGCGAAUGUUCUCUAAUGAACUGUUUCGCCUGUCUUUGCCCUGGUGAAUUCCUCCACCAUUCCAGAGACACUUACUCUACACACACACACACACUGCACUAGGUACUUGACUGUACCAUGCCAAUGAUCAUAGUUGUCGAGGCAUUAACUCAAUAAUAAAAAAUAAAAAACUGACAUUUCGAACGUGCAACUCUCCAAUGACGUCACGACUUAUGCGCAAUAUCUUAUCUUCUUAGUCAUAAUAUCAUGCCCUAAUGAAUAUGGAAAGAUUAUCAUGAGGUGUACAUAUAUUUUGCGCGCUUUUUCUUAGCUGGGAAUAUUUUAUGGUGAUUUACUGUAUGAAUAAAAUUAUCUUAUUAUCGUAUUUUUCUACCGUGAAUAACGUAUUUGUCGUGUAUAAAGCUUUGUUUAUAUUUGAGGAUAUUUUUCCUACAUCACUACUAUUUUAGCUACAUAUAUUUACUUUAUUAUUGAUUGCCACACUUAAUUCAAGUCCUGAGCCCAAGUUGUAAUAAAACUUUAAGGUAAAAUUAGACCGUGUCGUAAUUUCCUUAAUAACCCCAUUACUUAACUAUUUCUCUGUGGAAUAUUUUAAGGGAAAACAGCAGGUAAUAGCUGUGGACCAGAUCUGAAGAAUACAGUGUUUGGGGAAGCAAUUCAUGUUCUUUUAUUAUCGUUGCGAUAGACUUUAUCUAUUUUAUUUGUACCAUUUUUUACAAUAUCGUUAGUCAAACACUUCAAUAACGCUAUAUUGGGCUUGAAAGGUGUGUAGUACACAAAUCAUAUUUAAUAUGGGAUUGUUAUGCUUUCAAAUAGGAGAUGCCGGAAGCAUAUUCUGUAUCGGCAAUAGUGCUACUGUAUAUUAUUUCGGAAAAAGCAAAUCGUAAAAUCGGAUCGAAUCAAAUUGAAUCGAACAAUCGAAUCGAAUCAAAUGGAAUUGAAUUAAAUUAAAUUAAAAACCAUCGUUUCCUGCUUAGACGAUAAGAAAGCUAUUCUUCUUCUCCUCGGUCACUCCCGGAGUGCCACAUACCGUUUUAUGUUAAAUUGCUGCAUGUAUAGAACUUUAAUAAGAUGUUUUUUGUAUAAAAAUCUGCGAAAUACAAAUAAUUUUGCAUUAAAAAGCUUUGUGGUUCAGCUUUUUUGAAGAGGUAUUUGGUAUCUUAGUGAGCUGUUUAUGUAGCUAUCUUUAGGUCUUGAAAAUUUGUAGUCACAUUGCUUCUUGCUAUAAUACUCAUUUUUAACUAUUUUGUAUACAGUCGAAAGUUAAAUUUCUGUUAAAUCAGAAGUUGCUUGUGUCAACAGUUUGUCAUCGAAACCGAAUAUUUUAUGUAGAUUUUUGUACACUUUAAAAUAUACUUGCUAUGUUUCAGCAUUUAAAAGUAUUCGAAUCUUCUUUACGGAUACUUUUUUUGAGGAAUUACAUUCACACCGGCUCUGGCACUUUCUACAAACCCGUUAUUUUCAACGACAAUUUUUUUAACCACAUAGUCCCACGGACAUCACAUCACUAUUCAAAAUAAUUAAAUUACAGCAAACAACACUUUCACAACGAACUGUUAAAUCACUAUUCAAAACAAUUAAAUUUCGCCAAAUACACUCUAGUCUGCUUCCCAACUCAAAAUGUUUUGCACAGACCAAUUCAAGUCUGCGAACCGGUUGUGUCGAUGUAAACAGAUUGGGGAUUAAAGCGUUCCGCUUUUAAAGUGUUUUUACUAUAUUUGUUACUUAUACUAUAAUUAAACCACUGUGACGUAUUAUACGUCACGGUUUAUAAUAAACCGAUGAUCCGAUUGAACUUAAAUUUUGACAAUCGUUUUAAUGUUAGUGCUUUCUAUAUUAAACUUACAUUUUUUAUUAUUAGCGCCAUUUAUACACCAUGCCCAGGACUUCCCCUUCCAAAAUCAGAUGAUACACUACUUUGCAGCCAACUCUGUCCUUUAACUAAACCCAACUAAGAAGUUCUGUGUUCUUGAUAAAAGCUAAUAACUUUCUUAAGUCGUUUAAGGAUUUCUGAUACCUGUUUUACUGGCGUAUAUUCGCCGGAUAUCAUGCCAUUAAGUUUUUAUUGUAAAUUUUUGGCAGUUUCCCAUUUUACAUUUACCAUUUCGUCCGUUUUACCAUUCGUUCACUCUAUUUAUGUUGUAGGCCUGGGACUUUCGGAGUGAUUUGAUAUUAAUAUCAUUAAUUUGGACCUUUUUUGGAAACCGUUUUCUAACGUUACCGCCUCUCUUUCAACUAUUAUGUGACCCAGUCGCAGCAGAAACGUGGGAAAGACAUACUUCAUGCCACGGCUUAUAAGGACGAAUCAUCUUGUGUAGUUAUGUCCCAAAUUCAAGCUUUAAAAUUACAUGGAAAAUUGGCCAAUGAUUUUCGCAUUUCGUUAUAGAAAAGCAUAUUAAGGUGUGCAAGAAGCAUUCUAUUGUACACAAAAUAGUAAAAUUAUUAACUUUGCUUAAACAAAGAUAUAAUCUUGCGAACUAUAGUUCUAUUACUCUCUUGAAUCAUCUAUACAAAAUCUUUACUAGGAUAGUAGCAAAAUUAAAAAAAAAACAACAACAAAGCGGCCGGUUUAUGUUCCAUCUAUGGUACAAUAAUCAUCUAUUAUCAAUUUAUUGAGUGAAAAAUCAAUGGAGUAUAGGCAAAUUAUUUUCAUCAAUGGAGUAAUCAAUGGAGUAUAGACUUAAGAAGAUCAAGAUUCUACUUUAGGGAUGUAGGAAUGGUGAUGUUGUUCAUUAUAUUCUUUAAAAAUUAAAAAGGUUUAUGUUGACACAUCAAAAGCUACUAUCCUUAAUAUGAACAGAACUUAAAUUGUAUAUAAUACUACAUCUUAAGCUGCAAAUAUUUUCUACUCGUAUAUUGGUAAAAAGUUUAUAAUAGAACCGUCCAUUUUACAAAAUAUAAGUGAUUACUUCCAUUACUGUCCAAUUCAGUUAUACAAAAGUGGUGCCAAAUGAUUGUAUUACAGUUCCUGUAUUUGUUAUUAUUAUAGAAUUUAUUUACAAAUUCGGUGGUUAAUUAAAGGAGCAUGUCAAACAUUUUAAGUGACGGAUUGUUAAAAUCAUUUUGUUAGUAGUUCCGUUUUGUUGGAAAUAAAUAAUUUCAGU